CUCCCCCUGGGCCCACCAGCCCAACUCGACACAGCCUGACCUCGCUCCCAGAACAGCGGCCAGACGUAGGCUCUAAGCCCGAGACCUCAAGAUGGGGGAUGAUGAGAAACGCAACCGGGCCAUCACGGCCCGCAGACAACACCUGAAGAGCGUCAUGCUCCAGAUCGCGGCCACGGAGCUGGAGAAGGAGGAGAGCCGCAGGGAGAGCGAGAAGCAGAACUACCUGUCGGAGCACUGCCCGCCGCUGCACAUGCCCGGCUCCACGGCCGAGCUGCAGGAGCUCUGCAAGCAGCUGCACGCCAAGGUGGACGCGGCCGAGGAAGAGAAGUAUGACAUGGAGGUGAAGGUGCAGAAGAGCACCAAGGAGCUGGAGGACAUGAACCAGAAGCUGUUCGAUCUGAGAGGCAAGUUCAAGAGGCCGCCGCUGAGACGGGUGCGCAUGUCGGCCGACGCCAUGCUCAAGGCGCUGCUGGGCUCCAAACACAAGGUGUGCAUGGACCUGCGCGCCAACCUGAAGCAGGUCAAGAAGGAGGACACCGAGAAGGAGCGGGACCUGCGUGACGUGGGCGACUGGAGGAAGAACAUCGAGGAGAAGUCCGGCAUGGAGGGCCGGAAGAAGAUGUUUGAGUCCGAGUCCUAGGUUCCCGGCCGGCCGGCCCCCCCGCCUCGCGACCGGCAGGCGCCCCAGCUCCCAGCGCGGCCUGCGGAGGACAGGCCCCCGGAGCCGCUGGGACCGGCCGUCACAGCUGUCAAUAAAGGCUUCCAGUCUGUCCUGGU